AUGGUAAUGUCCGAUCUGCGGCCGCGCUCCCCCCGCCGCGCUGAGUUAUGGCUGGCACCGCGCGUCUCCCAGGGUAAUUUGAAUUCAGAUGAGCUGCCGCAGUGUUCCGGAGCCUGGCGGCCGGCCGCUGACGGAUGGCACUCGGGUUAUCACAAGGUCACCGGCGCAGCCGCCGCCCGCCGCGGGAGGGGCCGGCGGGCCUUGGGCGCCUUGGGGGGGAAGGUGGGCAGCAAGCGGACCCCUGAAAAGUGUCGGACCGAAGGCCAUGUGUUCGGGAGAGCGUGGCCACCAGCCUCACAGCUGUGGUCCCCGGAGGGAGAUGGACACCCGCCCGCCCUCCCGGGCGCCUGGCCGCCCCUCAUAGUGGGGCGGGGGCCCAGGCCCCGGAAAGCGCUGACCAGCGCUGGGCUCAGAGCUCGGAGGUCCGCGGAGCUGCCUGCGGGGAGCCCCCAGGUCCAGCACCCCGCGAAGGGUGGGUGGCAGAGCCAGCAGCUGGAGCCUCGAGAUGCAGUCAGCUGGUCUCUGCCAAAACGCCAAACGGACGUCCUCCAGACACCGGCGGCCGGCCGCUCCUGCCUCUCCGCCGGGGUGAUGGUGGGCUCUGAGGAGCAGGGUGGGGCGCGGUUUGUGGACCGCGGCAGUCUCCAGUGCGCGAGGGUCCUGUCUCUUCGAGCCCAUCUGCUCGCGAGGCCCCGCUUGUCCGUGCCGUCGGCACUGGGGGGCCAGCGAGGGCACCGCAGAUGGACGUGCGCGGAGCUGCGGGAGCGGUGCCCCCACCCCCACCCCCGGACCGCCACCCCCGGAAGAGCCGGCUUGCUGCCCCCGCGGUGCGCAUCUCCGCUCCGCUGCUUCCGGGAGUGA